CUUGCCCGGGGUGCUACGGUUCUAUUAUGUCGCGACGGGCCUUGAGGAGGCUGAGGGGGGAGUCGCGGGGGCAGUCGCCUCUGGGAGGCCUCGAUGUGGGAGGCGGCGGCGAGGAGGAGGAGGACGGAGGAGGUGGAGGAGGCGGCGAGGUGCCGUCGUUGUCGGGGGCUGGAGGCAGCAGGAGGCGGCCCCGGCAGGAGCCGGCGGGUCGGGUCACCAACCUCUUCGAGCUGGUGAGGGUCGGGUCUGCUGAGCUGCCGCCAGUGUGUCCCUGAAGCGGGAGGAGGCUUGCCAUAAUGGCUCAGGAAGAAGGAGAAGAAGAGGCAAAGGCCCGCCGCCCGCUUCAGCUUCCGCUGCUUUCCCGUAGUAGCCUGGCAGAUGUUUCCAAGAAGCUCAGAAGCAGCAGGGCGUGAUGGCAGGCAGCAGGCUUUUUAUUUAUCCUCCACGGUUGGAGGCAGGUUAUGCUUCUGAAUGCCAGCUGAGAGAGUUGCUGUUGAGCUCAGAUCCUACUUGCAUGCUUCCCUUGGGCCUCUGGAUGGCCAUCGUGAAAAGAGAAAUGUUGGACUAGAUGGCCCUUUGGCCUGAUUUAGCAGUUAGGCACUUCUUAUGUUCUCCCUACCCCAGCAAAUGGUAUUCAGUUGAAUACCCUCGCAGUAUGUGGAGGUUCCACUGCUAGCUGUCAUAAAGGUAAAGGGACCCCUGACCAUUAGGUCCAGUCGUGGCCGACUCUGGGGUUGCGGCGCUCAUCUCGCUUUAUUGGCCAAGGGAGCCGGCGUACAGCUUCCAGGUCAUGUGGCCAGCAUAACUAAGCCACUUCUGGCGAACCAGAGCAGUGCACGGAAACGCCGUUUACAUUCCCGCCAGAGUGGUACCUAUUUAUCUACUUGCACUUUGAUGUGCUUUCGAACUGCUAGGUUGGCAGCAGCAGGGACCGAGCAACGGGAGCUCACCCCGUCGCGGGGAUUCGAACCACCGACCUUCUGAUCAGCAAGUCCUAGGCUCUGUGGUUUAACUCACAGCACCACCCGCAUCCCUAGCUGUCAUAGCAAAUCAGAAUUUCCUGACUGAUCAGCCCUAAGGUCAUGUAGUCCAGCAUCCUGUUCCCCAUAGUGACCAAGCAAAUGCUUUUGGGAAGUUUAGAAGUAGGACCUGAAGGCAACAGUCCCCCCCCCCCAUGACUUUGUAUUGGGAAGCUCUAUGUGCCAUGAAGUUGUCUAAUGUGCCAUGAAGUUGCUUUCUUAAAGCAAGCUGAGCUAUUGGCACAUAUUGUGUGGUGACAUGAAGUUAAUUUCUCCAUUGCAUGAAAUGCACUUUCCUUUGACUGCUGCUAGUCAGCUUUGUUUCCUGGCCCUGCAUUCUAAUAUUAUAAGGGAGAGGGAAAGAAAUGGGCCCAUUUAAUCUCUUCUCUUCUCCUUCCCCCCGUUUUAUAAACUUGGAAAGCCAUCAUAUAUAGAAUCAGGCCAUUGGUCUAUCUAGCCCAGUAAUAUCUACUCUGAGUGACAGUGGCUCUCUGAAGCAUCAAACCAGAGGGCUUUCCUAGCCCUGCUUUCUAAAGUGUGUUUUACAAGAAAUUGAACUUGUGGUUUUCUCCAUCAAAGCAUGACUUAUCACCAGGCUGUGGUGUUUCCCUUUUAUAUGAUAAGUGAAAGAAUUCAUACCUCUGCAUUAUUCUGCUAUUCUGCAAAAUGAAACAAACAUAACCUGUACUUUUAUUUCACUGAAUGAUUAGGGAAUGUGUCCUAUUUGUUCAACUGGACUAAUUUUUACCUGCACAGAUAACCAAUGAAGAAGCAGAGGAUGAUGUAGCAUCUAAAGAGGACAAAGAUGAUUCCAGGCUGCAGGAGGAGGGUGACACAGGGAACAAAGAAGGUCUCAAGACUGACAGGUGGAGAGAAGGAGACGAGACAGAGCAACCGGACCAGAUGGCAAGUACCCUGUAGGCAGCUGGGACAGUAACACACAUAACUGUGCAAAAGAGUAGUGAGUGGAUUUGUAACUGGCUGACUGACCGAACCCAAAGGGUGCUCAUCAAUGGUUCCUCUUCAUCCUGGAGAAGAGUGACUAGUGGGGUGCCACAGGGUUCUGUCUUGGGCCCGGUCUUAUUCAACAUCUUUAUCAACGACUUGGAUGAUGGACUCAAGGGCAUCCUGAUCAAAUUUGCAGAUGACACCAAACUGGGAGGGGUGACUAACACCCCAGAGGACACGAUCACACUUCAAAACGACCUUGACAGAUUAGAGAACUGGGCCAAAACAAACAAGAUGAAUUUUAACAGGGAGAAAUGUAAAGUAUUGCACUUGGGCAAAAAAAAUGAGAGGCACAAAUACAAAAUGGGUGACACCUGGCUUGAGAGCAGUACAUGUGAAAAGGAUCUAGGAGUCUUGGUUGACCACAAACUUGACAUGAGCCAACAGUGUGACACGGCAGCUAAAAAGCCAAUGCAAUUCUGGGCCUCAUCAAUAGGAGUAUAGCAUCUAGAUCAAGGGAAGUAAUAGUCCCACUGUAUUCUGCUCUGGUCAGACCUCACCUGGAGUACUGUGUCCAGUUCUGGGCACCACAGUUCAAGAAGGACACUGACAAACUGGAACGUGUCCAGAGGAGGGCAACCAAAAUGGUCAAAGGCCUGGAAACGAUGCCUUAUGAGGAAUGGCUAAGGGAGCUGGGCAUGUUUAGCCUGGAGAAGAGGGAGGUUAAGGGGUGAUAUGAUAGCCAUGUUCAAAUAUAUAAAAGGAUGUCACAUAGAGGAGGGAGAAAGGUUGUUUUCUGCUGCUCCAGAGAAGCGGACACGGAGCAAUGGAUCCAAACUACAAGAAAGAAGAUUCCACCUAAACAUUAGGAAGAACUUCCUGACAGUAAGAGCUGUUCGACAGUGGAAUUUGCUGCCAAGGAGUGUGGUGGAGUCUCCUUCUUUGGAGGUCUUUAAGCAGAGGCUUGACAACCAUAUGUCAGGAGGGCACUCAUAGAAUCAUAGAAUUCUAUGAUUCUAUGAGUGCCCCAGAUGUAUCCCUGGAAAAGGCAGGGUGCUCUUUCCUGGGGGAAACCCUUAUACAUAUAAUGUGAGGCUGUCUAGAUUCUGCUUCCUGGACAGGAAAACUGCUGUGACAUAAACUCCUGACAAACUUUACUUUCAGGAGUCAGAUGUGCUGCAGCUACAUGAUAGCAUCUAAUUCCUAGGAUAGCCACUAUGCAAAUGUGUCCUGUGUGUUAGAAUGUGUGAAUCAAGAGAUGAUUUAUUUAAAAAGAAAUGCUGAAGUAAUGCUGAAGUUUUUCUCAGGACUAGAUCCCUUAGUUAUGUUUCUGCUUCUGAUUUGAUGCUGCAAUACAUAUAUCUUAAUUGUACCAUUCACUUUUAUUUUUAAAAGCCUAUUUCAAAUAACAAAUCACGAAAGAAAAAGAAGAAAAGAAAGAAUAAGAAGAAUGCAUCUGGCGAGUCUCUGGUAAAUAUGAACUAGGUUUGUGGGUUUAGCACCCAGAGGGGGAUGCCAAUUGAGGCUGGCUAAUGCAUAUAGGAAGGAUAAGACAGGGCUGGAUGAAUCCCACCCUCCUGGCCCCCUUGGGAUUUGAAAUAUUUAUAUACCCUUGUGUAGGAUUGGCUCUUUAAAAUGUGGUGGGAACGUAAUUCCAGCCCCAGUGAAAGCUGACCAGCUAGAUGUAGUGAACAGAGACUAGAUGUCAUGACAGAUACACAGCCACACCAUAUUAGUAGAAGAGGGUGAAGAAAUUUGUGCUAGGACAAGUUAAAGCAGUAUGUUUGGGUAUGUGGAAGACAUUAUAGACAGCUCCUUUAUCAGGGGCUGAAUCUCAGAAUAUUGCAGCUUUCCUUGUAAACUUUCAUGUUUCUUAACAGUGCCCUGGAGAUGAGGACGAUGCAGAAGACAUUGAAAGCAUCCUUGUGAGGAUUGAGAACUCCAAUGGGCCACCUUGCCAGAGCCAGAGCACAGUUAUCACGGACCAUCGGCCUUUGCUCUACAUAGAGCACAGGUAAGAAGCCGAGUCUUACGAAGGCGUUUUCCUAACCUAGGGACACUUGGGACUGGGAGCAAGUUGAGCAAGUGAAGUCUGUGGCUUGUGGAAUGUUUGUGGGAGGAACCAAAAUUCCUGCACAAAAGUACUUUUGCUUUAGAACGGAGGUGGCUAAGCUGCAGCCUUCCAUAUGUUGCUGGCCUACUGCUCUCAGCAUCCCUGACCAUUGGCCAUGCUCAAUGGUCACAGGUUUCCUCCUCUGCUUUAGAGAGUGCUGUUAGAGCUUUUGUUUCUUCCUUUUCUCCAUUUGUUUUGCAUUUAGACACCCUUCACAGAAGUCUUUUAUCUUCCUAAUAAAGUCCCUGUUUUAUAUUGUCACAUCAACAUGUAUUCUGUGUGCUGUGGAGGUUUUGAUAUCUGGAGUUUCUGGAGCUUGCUCUUUAUUUGCCAACAAAGUACCUUCCAGCAUGCAGACUGUAUGUCUUCCCCAAAGAUGAAUGGGGAAAACAAUCAGGGUCAGUGAGCAACUCAUGUCUGGGAGAUGAGGCAUGUUUUGCCACCUACCUUAGAUUUUCCCAGUUGCUGCUUUGUAAACUAUUAAAGAGAUUGGAGAAGGACCUGGUUGCUGCUGUGGGGAGUAGGAGUCCGUGUGAGAUGGCAGCAUAUUAUAGCCAAGGUAGUACCCUUCAGAUGUUGUGGACUGCAGCUCCCAGCAUCUCGAUGAGUAUUGGCCAUACUAUCUGGGGCUGAUGGGAGCUGUGGUCUGCAGCAUUUGGAGGGCACUGCAUUGCAUAUUCUUGACUUAACGGUGUGUCCUCCAGCCAUACCGACCAGCACUUCUUGCACCUCCUGUGCUGCUGCUACAACGGUGUCUCCAAAUCCUUGGCCUGUCAAGUUACACCUGGGAAGGGAGAGCUGAAGCAGCUCAGUAGAUGUUCCGUGUGUGUGUGUGUGUGUGUGUGUGUGUGUGUGUGUGUUUGUCCCUCCCAGAAAAUAAGGCAUGCCUCACAGGAAGCUCAAUGCAAAUACAAUGAAUUGUUGUCUUUUAAAAUCAUACAUGUGUGGUUUAUCCUCAAAAAGUGGUAGCGGUUGUGGUAGGCAAUAAUUGAACAAUGGAGCUUGAGCAUCUCUUCUUCACCUUCUCUGGUGGCUGAAUUGUCUUGCCUCUUCCUAUUUCAGCUUUUGCUUCUCCCCAGACUCCAUGCACUUCUCAAUAGUCCCCCCACUAGUCUUUGGUAAAACUUCUCAAAAGUCUGUGGCAAAACUGAACUUUUAAAAAAACAAACAAACAUACUUUUAUUAAGGAUUUUUUGGUUUACAAAAGUUAUGUGCAAUGUCUCUUUUUUCCAGUUACAUUUUCUACAUAUCAGUUUCAUUUGUUGAGACAUUAGUGUAACAUUAGGAAGAAAAAGGGGGAAGAGGUGGAGGGGGGCAUGGUGAGUGGGGGUGGGAUCGGGUGGCAAUGCUUCUAUUCUACUUAGUGUAAUUAAAAGCUGAACUUUUGAAGUAGCAUGCGUUAUGUAGAAGGGCAGAUCAAAUUACAAGCUUCCCUCAGUUUAUUGUUACUGCAGCAUUUUACAUGAAUGACGCACCAUUUUCACUCUGACCAUUGAAAUGUCUGCCUUAAGCCCUCCUUUCACUUGGGGGGGCGGGGGUAGUGGACCUGCCUGCGUAUUUCAAACCUUUCUCCUCAACAGGGGUCAGAAAUAUAUUUGAAUCAAAACAGAGGGUUGCAUUCUGAGAGAUCAGAAUUCUGCACUGUAUUUCAGAGAGUGCAACUGAAUUCCAGCCCUGUUUACAGUUGCUUGUAGGGUUGCUGGCAGUUUAGUGGUGUGUUAGAUGUCUUGCACUGUUUGAUCAAGAGAGGGCAGUAUUGGCACUUUCUGUUUCGAAGCUAUUUUGUAGCAAUACUGAAAGGGCAAGGAGUGGUGAGAUGAAAAUACAGUAUUAAGCUGCCCUGCUUCUUGCUGUGUUUGUUUACUGUGGUCCUUAUUGCUUCUGCCCUUUUAAAUAUAGCCUCUGCUUCUCCAGUAGUAGAGAUAAGUGAAACACUCAGAAGAGGUAUGGAAAAAAAUGUAAGGCUAGGUAGGGUGUUUCAGCAAAGGGGUUGCUGAAUAUACCUUUUGGUAAGGGCCUCUGCCAUGUCUCCCUUCCUGUAAGCUUUAAUCUGUCUCCCAUAACAUCUUCAUCAGGGAUAGGAGAAUUUGUGGCCCUCCAGAUGUUGCUGAACUCCAACUUCCAUCAUCCAUGACCCUUGGCCAGCAAUCUGGAGAGCCAUGGGUUUCCUGUCCCUGACUUAUGCCUAAGCAAAUUGAAACAAAUUGGUGUUUGUCACCCGGCUGCCUCUGGCUCCAUCUCUGCUCCUUCUCUUGUUGCAUAAGAAGAGCCCUCUUGGAACAGGCCAAAGGUCUGUCUGGUUCUCAAAGUGACGAAUCAGAUGCCCAGGGGAAGCCCAGAAGCAGGACCUGAGCACAACAGUGCUUUCCCCACCUGCUGCUGAAUUUUAGAUUGUAAGCUUCUCAGGGCACAGACCUGUUUCUUGUUCUUUGUAUAUAAUUAAUAGAAAUAAUUAAUAUAAAUAAAUAGGUGGAUUUGUAUUACAAUUUUUCCCCAGAAACUUGAAUCCAGAAACAGAGCUGAAGAGAUAUUUUGGGGCCCGAGCAGUUCUUGGUGAUCAGAGGUAAGUUCAAACUCUAGAAGUGUGAAGCAUGUGCUUAGUUAGGUCCUGUGGGAGACUAAAGCAUCUGCCAGUUGUCCUAUAAAAACAUACUUUUUGCUUAAGCCUCUUAGGCUGAGGAACUCUGAAUGCCUCUUGCUUAACACUCCACUUUUAGACUGUCUCUGAGACAAGGGAUGUUGUGGAGAUCUCAGACAACACAGAGUGCUGAAGACGAGGGAAAUGGGUCAUCAGCACAAUAGCUUCAGUGUUUCCUUAGAGAUAGUGUCAGUUUUUAAUCCUUUGUGCUAAUCUAAACAAUCUCUUUAAAGCCCAGCCUACAAGUGUGAGGUGCCUGGAUGCGGACAAGUACUUGUAGGUCAUUCGGAUGUGGUAGGAAAGAGGACAUGUUGGUGACUUUGAACCAUGAUUAUGCUGCUGUUCCAAGUGCAGGAAGCAGCCUAUAAUUUCUUCAGGAAGGCAGGGAGCCAACACAGAUAUCUGAAGGUUCAGGAGGCAUGGUCCCAGUUCUGGUAGGCACAAACCAGUAGUGUGCUGCUGUCCUAAAUACCUGUCCUGUUGAGCUUCUUUUCCCUCACCGCCUUGCCAUUCCCCAAGUGUCAAUUAAUCAGCUGAAUUUACUGAGGCGCUACAUAUGACUCUCUGGUUUGUUUAUAAAGAGCGCGUGAGCAGCUUGCAGCGUCAGACUUAAACAAGUUUCCUCUCUGCGUGGGAGGUCUUGUGGGUGUUUGCUUCAUUUUGGUGCAUUUUGUAAUUUUUUGUGCUUUGCUAGUAGUUGGUGCUUUUAGUGCUGUUCGCUUCAGCAAGAUAGCGGCAACUACUGGCAGAGCACAGCAAGUGUAGAGCAGCCUUCACUAACCUGGUGCCCUGGCUUGGACUACAGUUCCCAUCAGCCCCAGUCAGCAAACUUGUACUGACUGGGGCUGAUGGGGGUUGUGGGAGACAACAGGUGGGGAAAGGCUGAAACAGAGAGAAAUCUGCUAAUGAAAAAGAUGGCUUUCUAUUUAGAUGGGAAGGAGAUGAUAUCUGACCUUCCUAAUUCUGAGAGACCAGAUUGCAUUUUUUUUCUUCUCAUGUUAUUUGUAUAUCACAAAAAUAGCAUAAAAAAUUAGCAGUAAUAUCUAUAAUGUAUGGUUCAUUAUUAGUGACCGGUACCAGAUUAUAUUUAUGAUACACAAUCAGGUAGGAAGCCAGGGUUGGUCAGUCAUAUGACAGAGUCCUUUCAUGGUAAAAGAAUGCUCCAAAUGAAGCCAUCAGCCAUGUGGACUAGAAGACCAAUUUGGAAAUUAGAUAAGGGCUCAGGUAAAUAAAUGCCCCUUAAAACAGGGCUCAUUGGAAAUCUGGAUAGGAGAUGAAAUGCUGAGCCAUCAUAUGGAGCAGAUUGAAAAUUGCAUUUUUUGUUCUGUUUUUAAUGUUUUAUUGUGGGGGGAUUACUGUGUGUAUUUUUAUUGUUUUAUUGGAAUGUGGCCACCCUGAGAUUGUUUGCAUUAAAGAAUGGAAUAUAAAUUUUAUAAAUAAAAUAAAUAUCGAAAGUAAUUUUCAUCAGUUUGUUCAGCUAAAAUAACAUUGUAUUUUAAUGUUUUGUUGGAAGCCACCCAGAGUGGCUGGGGAAACCCAUCCAGAUGGGCGGGGUAUAAAUAAUAAUAAAUAAUAAUUAUUAUUGUUAUUAUUUUAUUUUGCCUGAGUGUUUCUGCUUGUUUGUGUAUGUGUCUCUCUCUGUGUGUCACUGUGGUAAACCUUGUGGUAUUCAUUGGUCUUGCAUUCAGUCUGCAAGUUCUAUUUCUUCUGCAGGCCACGGCAGAGGCAGCGCCAGUAUGUCCGCAGCACGUGGCUGACAGUGCCUAAGAACACUUGGCCACGCCAUAGCAAAACAGGUGAGAGGCUUUCCCCACUUCCCUCAGGUGCUCUGUGCACUCCCACUGGCUUUACACCUGCGUUGGAAACACAUGCCUGGUUGCUGAUUCCAUCUUCAUAGCUGUUACUUUAGUGCAAUCUUCCCCUUCCACUUAGUUUCCUCCAGAUGUUUUGGACUAGAACUCCCAUCAUUCCCAGCCAAUUUGGGGCAGGCUGCUUUAUUUUGUGUGUGAGGAAGUACAUCUUCACAUGUCAAGUAGCAGGACCGCAUGUGCUGAGCUGACAUGUAGGAGCAGUGUUUGUAUGUCACUCCACCCACCUUUCUCUUUAUGUGAUCAAAAGGAGGUCUCUUCCUCUGUGCCUGGAAUCAUUGCGCAGUCCAGCUUUCUGGAAGAUGUCGGAAAGGAAAAUUUAUCUCCUUAACCAAGUAUCUAUAACCCUGACUGCCCACGCUUCUUUGCCUGUGUGCUUGCUUGGAGCCUCAAUUUGUUUUUAAGCCUGGAGAAAACAAGAAUCCUUGCUUUGGCGCAAGAGCAGGAAACCUUUGACCUUCCAGGUGUUGCUGAACUACCACUCCCAUGAGCCCCAGCAAGCAUGGCCAGUAGCCAGGAAUGAUGGGAGUUGUGGUUCAGCAACAUCUAGAGCAGCCUUCCUAAACCUUGGGUUCUUAGAUGUUGUUGGACUCCAACUCCCCCUAGCUAGUGGGAGCAGUGGUCAUCGAUGAUGAGAGUUGAAGUCCAACAACAUUUGGGGACCCAAGGUUGAGAAAGGCUGAUCUAAAGGUUUCCCACACUUGCUUUAGGGAGUCAACUAACAGAACUAGUUAAGUUGGGUUGGGCAUGCUCCCUUAGGCACUGUAAAUAUAUUGCAUCGUGCAUUAACAGCCCUCUUUCUCUCCCCUUCCCAUCCCCAAUUCUGCCUAGGCAUAUCCAUGGCGCUGCUAGAAACAAAGCGAGGGGUACAGCACUUUGCAUUUGAGCACCAUCGAGAAUACCAGCAGGUGCAGUUCAAGUUCUUGGAUGCCGUGGAGUCCAUGGAUCCAAACAAUCUGGUGGUAGGUUCUCAAUCGGACAAGGCCCUGCUGCGAUAUCAGAACCCACCUGUAAGAAUGGCAGCCAUUUUUGCUGUUGCCAGUACCUGAUCUCUGAACAUCCAGCAGUCUGCCAACCUGUAUUGUAUCAGGUGAUUGCGUGUUGAACGUUUUACAAGAAGGACCCUCCUGUGUCAGAGCAAUGGUCCAGGUAGCUCAGCAUUCCAUCUGUGGAGUUGCUCUGACCCAAGGCUGGCAGUGGCCACUGUAGGAGGUUCACAAGCAGGGCAUGUAUACUGUGAUGUCCUUACACUCUAGUGGUCAGAGGCGGACAGCUGGAAAAAGUGGUUGCGGCCAGCGUGGGCAAGAAGUGCCAUGUCUUGGGACCAAAUGAGAUGUUUCUUUGCUCACGUAGUUUGCCAUGAUUUGCAGGGGCAGGGAGCCAAGUCAGAUUGUAUCCCUUUGCCCCAUAGCCACAGUCAUGAUCAUAAUUUCUCAUCUCCAUGCACAACCUGAUGGGGAGCUUCCUUUGGUAUUCCCCAUCAGCAAACAGAAUAAUUGAAUUGUAGGCAUGGGUGGGUGAGCGAUUCUGGUUGUGAAUGUGACAGGGGGAAAUGGUUAAGAAGGCUCCUUCCCCUUCUGUUUUUAAACUCAAACACAGCAGAAAACAAACUGCAUGACAAAUGUCUUGUCUAGUUUGGUCUUCGGAGUACAGGACAAUGAGUUUGUUAUUACAUGGAGAUAUAUGACAAAAGAUGGCAAACCCUGCUGCAUUCUGGGCUCUAGUCCUUCACAGUACAUAGCAUAGUCACAGAUCCUGCAUCCUUUUGCUGUUUGUAAGAUUUGGACUGAAGGGUUCAGUGACUAAAGAGACCCUUGAUGGUGGUGGGUUUCUAAAGCAUUAUCUGCUGCCACGUUUUGGUGUCUUGGAAGAUUUUGCUACUAGUGACUGGUGUUUUCACCUACCGUAUUUUUCGCUCUAUAACACGCACCUGACCAUAACACGCACGUAGUUUUUAGAGGAGGAAAACAAGAAAAAAAUAUUCUAAACGAAACAGUGGAUGUAUGAUUUUUGUGGUUCAUGCUGUGGCCACAGACGUGAUCUGACGGUGAGUUUGGGGUAGCCCAAUGCAAAAAUCCUGAGGAUCCAUGUGGAUCCAUGCUUUGUAACCACGUUUUUGCGCCAUUGCAGCCCCAUGAAACAGUGGGUGCGUGUGUGUUUUUUUGGUGCAGGCUGUAGCCAUGGAUAUGCUAUGUGAUCUGAUGGUGAACUUGGGGUGACCCAGUGCAAAAAUCCUGAGGAUCCAUGUGGAUCCGUGCUUUGUAACCACGUUUUAAGUGGGGAGGGAAGGAAAAGCAUUCAAGGGACAAGGAGCACGCGUGGGGUGUGUGGAGAAGGAUGCUGCUAAUAAUGCAGAAGAGGGGUUUAAGGGGAGAAGGAACACGCGUGGGGUGUGUGGAGAAGGAUGCAGCUAUUAAUGCAGGCGAGGGGUCUAUGGGGAGAAGGAACACGCAUGGGGUGUGUGGAGAAGGAUGCUGCUAAUGAUGCAGGAGAGGGGUUUAAGGGGAGAAGGAGCUCGGUGGGGUGUGUGGAAAAGGAGCUUUUCGGCGAGUUGAGCGGGGAGGGGGGGAGGGAAAGAGCACUGUUGCUUUAAAGUAGCCAACCGGACAGCAGCCACUUACAGCAGUGUAAGCAGCUCCUUUCCUCUCCCGCUUUGCUCCUUCUCUCCCUCUUUGCUGCUUUACGCAGCUAAUGGCGAAUCCCCUGCAACCCAAGUCCUGCUCAGCGGAUCAGCUGAGACGCUGGGAGAAUCGUAAUUUCCCCCUCUCCCUCAUCCCGUGCCCUCCUGUCCCCAGCAGCCUUUUUAAAAACUUUUUUACUGGUUUUCACUGCGCUCGUGGCUCAGAGCCCUCCUGUGCCCUGCCGUCCCUCUGCAGCCUCAUUGCUCCAUUUAGAGAGCGGACCUUUGCUAGCUGAGGCUGCAGCAGCUGUUGCUGGCUACGCGGCGCUUUUCCGGCUUGCUAUGGCUCCUGUCUGUCCCUCCUCCCGUGUAAGCGGCUGCUGCCCGCUUUGCUGCCAUGGCUCUCCUUCCCUCCCUCCUCCUCGGCUACUCCUGGCUGUAAAGCAAGCAAAGCUAGAGCCGCGCAAAGCGGGACAGAAGCCCUGCAAGCGGCUCCCGCUUUGCUUGACUGACGGCAGCCAUGGCUCCGGUCGAGUGCAUUCGCUCCGUAACACGCACAGGCAUUUUCCCUUACUUUCUAGGAGCAAAAAAGUGCGUGUUUUGGAGCGAAAAUUACGGUAAUCCUUUUUUCAAAAGCAAGCUAUAUUGGUAGCAUCACAACAGCCUGAGGCAGUGAAUUCCAAAGGCUGACUCGGUAUUUUGUGGGAGGGUAGCUGGAAGUUCCUCCUUUGUAUCUCUCUUUCUGAAAAUUCAAAAAUCACUUUUGGGAUUGCGAUAUAAUUAAGUUCAUUGACGCUUUGGUCUGUACUCCUGGUCCUGUGGGGAAUCAUAGAGUUGGAACGAACACCCAAGGGUCAUCUAGUCCAGCCCUCUGCAAUGCAGGAAUCUCAGCUAAAGCAUUCAUGACAGAUGGUCAUCCAACCCCUGCUUAAACACCUCCAGUGAAGGAGAGUCCACACCUCCCAGCGUAGUCUGCUCCACUGUCAAACAGCUCUUACUGUCAGAAAGUUCUUGCUGGUGUUUAGUCUCAGUCUGCUUUCUUGUAACUUGAAGUCAUUGGUUCAGGAAGAGGCAGUCUGUUCUCUUACUCUAUGGAGCAGAAUUCUGAUGUGGAACAAGUCUCUCCUGCAGCACAGAGGUUGCCCUGCCUGUCAUAAAGGAACUUGAUUUCCACAUUGGGCUUGCAGCCAUUGUUGUUGACCUGGAUGAACUCAUCCAUAAAGCAAGCCCCUGGCUGAGGACGCCCCUCCUGUCUGGGACAGAAGGUGGGGGUGAGGAAAGAGAGCGCUGAGUGGAUUCUAACAAGCAAGAUUUGAAUAGGCAGCUGUGCUAUUUUUAAACUUCUUUUUCCAGAUUUGAAGAAAGGAGUGCCUAAUUUCUCUUGGUACUUUAGCAGAACAGGCUCUGCUUUGAGGCUUUACUGACCAUAUCCUGGUGAAUUAAGUUGGGCAACAACUUUGAUGGUACACACAAAGCAGGCAACUCAUUCUUGGCCUAAUAUUAGCAUAAUCAGGACAUUGAGCUUGGAGAGCCCCCAGCCUCCCCCCCUUCCCCUUCCCCGAUGAGGGCAAACACGGCUCUUUGAAACUUCACUGUUCUGUUUUUUAGAUAGAAGACCCUUUGUCUGGGGAAGACUCACGCUUUGCACUCUCACCACUCAUUGCUUGGGCAUGGGAUCUGUGCUUGAUGGGCGUCUUUGGCUUGGGGAAAAACAGAAGGCAGCAGCUAGAAGCUGCAGCUUUGCAAAUUCAGAUGACACUCAGUUGUCGCAAUGCAAGCCUUGGCACAGUGGGUCAUGGUCAGACCAAAUGUCUGCUGAGUUCAGCAUUCUGUGGCCUACAAGUGGUCAGACAGAUACCCCACAACUAGAGCUGGGUGGUCCUGUUAUUUCCCAGCUAAUUGUGAUCGGGAUAGGGGUGGGUUGAGGAUGCGAUUAGCAGGCAUCAAAGCUUAUGGUGUGUGCAGCCCCUUAGGCAUGGUACGACCCUGUCCUGUCCUGUCCCACCAGCAUAUGCCUCCCCCACACCACACUGCAGCUACCUUUGCUUCCUUCAACUCCAAGUCAAGAUGUCCUAAUGUGACUCCUCAGGUCAUCAACUGCCUCACAGUACAAUUUCUGAAAUUAGUUGUCUCGUAUGCAUAUGGUGGUGCCUAAUCAGGCUGACUGAAAACUUUGUAGUGUUUCUGGUCAGCCCCUCCCCACCCCCACCCCAGAGAUCCCUCUCUAAUCUUAGAUCUGUUUUCUUGCACCAUUCACAGUUGAUGGGCUUGGGAGUUCAUUCAAGGUGAAGUGCAGCCCAUGGCAGUUUCACUUAAUACACCACUUCGGAGCAAUCAAAGAACUGAAUGUUUCACAUCUUGGAGUAAUUGUUUGUUCCCUAGCCUGUUAUUAUGUAGCCUGCUGUUUUCAUGAAAAGUCAUCUUCUGGAUCAAUAAAAUACGAAGAGAAGGAAAUGGCCAUUUCACAGAUCUCAAAAUGCUUGCUUCAUCUGUCUGCUUGCAGCUUUUGCUCCAGAUGAACCCUUCGCAUGUAGAUUCACUCUUACAGCUCAGUGACGUCUGUCGGAUGCAGGAGGACCAGGAGAUGGCCAGAGACCUUGUCGGUAAGAAGCUGAGGGCAGCCAGAGUAGAAGCUGGGAGGGCUGUGCUGUGUUGCUUGAGCUGCUCCUGGAAUUAUGGUUCUCCCCAAAACGGAGGAGGGAGUCUAGAAGGAUGCAUGUGUUCUAAAGAGGGCCAUGCCUUCCAGAAUAGGGGAUUGUGGGAGCCAUAUGUGUCACCAGCUAGUAAUCCAGAGCAUUGCUCCUCACCCCCUGGGAUGCUACUGUUUCAUAGGACACCUGGAUUAGGAAGCACCUUCCACUUCCUCUUUAGAGUCAGUCUUGAAGGGAACAGGGCCUUCUCAGUUGUGGCACCUCAUCUAUGAAGUCCCCUUUCAGUUCAUCAUGUUCCCACUCUAGCCAUUUCGACAACAGUAGAGUACUAAUUUUAGUAUUUCUAGCAUUUAGUGGAAUCUGGGUUUAAUGCUGAUUUGACAGAGAAAUGGGUUAACAAUAUUUUAACAACAACAACAAAAACUCCAAAGAUGAGUGGUGUCUCCUGCCUCCAGGACAGGGUAACCAAUAUAGCGUCCUCCAGAUGUUAUUGAUCCACAACUCCCAGCAUCACCAAUGGUCAGAGAUGGUGGAGGUUGCAGCCUACAACAUCCAGGUGGCAUCAUGUUAGCUACCCCUGCUCUGGUGCUACAGGAGGGAACACACACACACCAAUUUCCUAGGUAGCUUGGACCAGAGUGGGAUUGCUCUUGUGGCUACCUCUGCCUGACCUUUUUGCUGCCACCUAAACAUGAUACCCACAACAGCAAAAACCAACACUAAAACUUGCUUACUGUGUGUUAUUAAAUCUGUAUUGCAUAGUAAGUUUACAUUGCAUAGUGUAUAUAUUAGAUUUCUGUUCUAAUACUUCAAAUGCAUUUGCAUCACUCAGGCAGCUUGCAAUAGUUCAAAUCACAGUAUCAUUAAAAAUCUACAAUAUUGUUAUGUCGGUGCUAUAAAUGGAGGAAGGCCUGUCCACCACAGCUGAAUACCAGUUGCAGAAAACCACAGAAGUGGGGAUUGCACUUGUACUUGAGCCCUGCUUGCUGAUUUCCCAUAGGCUGGCCCUGUGAGAACAGGAUGCUGGACUAGAUGGGCCAUCGGUCUGAUCCGGCAGGCUCUUCGUAAGUUAUUAUGAUCUUAGGCAGCAUGCAAGUUGGUAGGGAGGUGGUAUCCUGCACCCAAGCCAUAUGGGCUUAAAGUAUUAAAAUUUAAUACCUCGCCUUGUUUUUGAAGAAUAUAAUCAGUACAUGAAAGGCUACAGAAGGUGACUCAGCCAUGCCCCACUCUUGGUGCCUCUUUUGCAGAAAGAGCCCUCUACACCCUGGAGUGCGCCUUUCACCCAAUGUUCAGCCUCACCAGCGGGACCUGCAGACUGGACUACCGGAGGCCAGAAAACAGGUAAGAGUCCCAUUGACAGUGCCGAAUGGGAGUUUGCUUGCUCAGUCAGGACUUCUCACUCUAAAGAUAGAUGACUUCUUUGCACAAGCCAGGAAAGGAGUUGAACCAGAAUGUGCUGCCCUUCAUGGCUGAUCAAGCCUGUUUAUGCCCUUUUCCAUGCCCAGACUGAAUUGUUGUUGUUAUAUUGUUAAUCAUUAAUCUUUCCUUUUUUGCUGUGCCUCUCAGAGCCUUCUAUCUGGCUCUGUUCAAGCAUAUGAUUUUCCUAGAGAGGAGAGGUUGUCCUCGCACCGCCCUGGAGUUCUGCAAACUUAUUCUGAGGUAACUAUUGGUUCUUAUAAGGCAGCUUUAGGCCUCUGGUCUGUCUUUUAGACUUGGUGGGAGGACUGACCAGCACACCCGUCUCCCACCUCUACUCUGAGCAGGAGUGUGUUUACAUACUGAGCCCUUAAUUUCUCUAAAAGUUUUUAAGGGGGCAGUUAACUCCCUUAUGUAGACAUGGAGAAGGGUUGAUUAAUUUGCUGGUUGGUCUUGAGGUAAAGGGACUUUCUCGCUGGUUGGUUUUGCAAUAGACUCACAUGGUUUCUAAUCUCCCCACCCUUGCAUUCCACUCCCAUCUCCAAAGCCUUGAUCCAGAGAAUGACCCGCUGUGCAUACUGCUGAUAAUUGAUUUGCUGUCGCUACGAGCAAGAGAGUACGCCUUUCUGACACGCAUGUUUCAGGAGUGGGAGGUGAGUUGCUAGUGGGUGGCCCUGGCAUGAAGUGUGCUGAGAACGGAAGAGUCUGGCUGAAUUGCCAGAAGGUCACCCCACCACCUGCGGAAGAAUUAGGUGUGAGUCACUCUGGCCACAGCCUGUGGUGCUUCCGAUUCCUCUGGAGCUGGUUGUAACUGCAGCCUGUUCAUGAGCAACUCUUAUAAUGCAAUUUACCACUAGAGUUACUGUUGACUUUCUGUGUUUGGUUUUAUGGACUGUUAAUGUGUUGCAUUUAACUGGUAAUUUUCUUUGUGGCCCCAUUUAGGGUCAAAAAAUGGGAUACAAGUUUCUUAAAAAUCAGCUCAGCUGUCAACCAGAUACUUACAUAGCUUCUCUUCCUCUUCUCUCCCCUCCCCUUCCCGCCCCCACCUUUAGGGUCAUCGGAACCUGUCUCAGCUCCCAAACUUUGCCUUCUCGGUCCCUCUGGCAUAUUUCUUUCUGAGCCAGCAGGAAGACCUCCCAGAGUCGGAGAUCAACCAAGCCCACGAAAGAGCUGCCAGCCUCAUUCGGCAGUCACUGGUCAUGUUCCCGAAUGGUGAGUCUGUCUGUGUAAAAUGUUCAAAGAUGGGUAUACAGAAGGCCGCAGCUGUGAAUAAAGCCCUUCAUAUUCCCUCAGCAGUGGUGGCUCCGGGAGGGCAGUAAUGCUAAACCUCAGAGGGGGGUUGGGUUGCUUUAAUCAAGAUUUCCCGUGACUGGUCGUCUCCUCUUUGUCCACGCUUUCCCUUCAAGACACUGUCACGCUUUAGCCAGGAGCAGCACAUGGGUCCUGCCUUUCAUCAUGCUGUGCCUGCCUCGUCCCUGGGAGGGGCCUGCCCAGUUUCCCCUUCCAGCCCCAGGCUCCAAAGGGAUAUAAGGUCUGCCAAGACAGCCUUGCAUGGCUGAGCAGUGAAUGUCUUCUGCUCCAAACAAAGGGAGUCCAGUUUGGGCUGCUGACCCAUGAUAAGGCACACCCUUUCUGCUCCUCCACAGCGACUUCAAACAAAACCCCUUAAAAUAAUAAUUAGGGGCCAGAAAAAGUUCUGUUGUGUGGUUUUAAUGGCACCUCACUCCUUGCAAGUCCAUUUCAUUCAGAACUUGUUUCUGUGGUGGAAUAAAAAAACAAGAGGCAGAGCAAUAUUGUGACCCAUUUUGAGUACCCGUGCAACAGCAUUUGUGGCGGUUGGAGGUCUUUUCCUCUCAUUUCUUUCUCUUCAUGCCUCUUCCAGUUCUUAUGCCUUUGUUGGAUCGCUGUAGUGUGCAGCCAGAUUCCACAGUAGCAUCCCAUGCAUUCUUUGGACUGGACGCCCAGUUGAGGUAAGGAGUGUGUGAAAAUGCUCUUUGCAGUCCAAGAACAUGCAAGUCUUACAGGAAUGGAGUGAGGCAUUUUGUGGUGUCAGCAGCUGAAUCUUCUUAUUGAGUACUAGCAAGAUUGGAGGGAGGUUUUUCAGAAUACCAAGGGAAGCAUCAGAACCAGAGGAUUGCAUGUCAGCAACAUGAGGUCAAACUGAGAAUCGGAUUCUGACAUAGGUCUCGUGUUGUCAGUUUCUGGGGCCAAUGGGAGUCAGCAGGAGAGCAGAAGCUUCUUCUAAUGCUUUCAGCAAGCGUUGAGUGGUCUCUACAGCAAAGAGGCUGGGCAAGUUUCUGGUUCAAGACUGUCUGGUCUGUUGUUGCUACAGUGUUGGAGGGGCAGGUCACAGUCUAUGGAAUGGACAUAAGGAUGACCUCUGCGUCUGACCCUUUCCCCCAGGACAAGGGCAGAAUAAAAGUGUAAUGUGUUGUGCCCUGCUAAAAGUGAAAAUGCCUUAUUGGGUGGCUCAGCUCCGCUAUCUUCCAUCAGCCUUGAUGCCUAGUAGUGGAACUGAGGCCUUCUGCUCUCGUUUCUCUUCCUUUGAGUUGUCCUCAGCAAGUCUACCUCUAAGGCAGCAAAGUGCUUUAAGCUGCCAUGUUUAAAGGUGUCUCGUUUUCCCUCUGCAGUUCGCCCCCUGUGCUGAACCAGCUGGUUGCCCUCUAUCUUGGGAGGACCCAUUCCCUCUGGAAGGACCCAGCUGUCAUGGCCUGGCUCGAAACAAACGUGCACGAGGUGUUGCGGAUGGUGGAUGCCAAAGACCCAAUGUUGGAGGAGGCUGAGCAGAAGUGAGUCUCUGCACCUGCUUCAGGCUGAUGGUGGGCAGAAUUCAUUCCCGCUCUGGCUCCAAGCAUUCCCUGCCAUAUUCUGCUGACUCCUGCACCCUGUAACCCUCCUGUUGAGAGAAGAGAGCGUUCAGCAGCCGGGGGGGGGGGGGAGAGAGACAUAGCUGGGCAGUGGGCUGUGCUUGGUGCCUGCUUAGAUGUGCCAGCUAAUUUGAGGGUGGUCGGGAAAGAAACCUUUUUGAAGCUAUCAAGAACUGCUAACUGGGCUGACUGAAUGCAGCUACUUUUGGGGGAUUCUGGCAAUCUGUGAGCAGCCCUGGGUGCCAACGUGAUACUGCAGAGGAGGCCUUUGCUUAUGUGUGGCUGGGAAAUAGAGCUCUGAGGGAUGCAAAAAGCAAAUUGGAGCCACUUCUCUGAAAUAUUUUUGGCCCUUAGGCGAAAGGCAAGGUACCAGAACGCUCCCAGGAAUGUCUACCGCCAUGUGAUCCUCUCGGAGAUAAGGGAAGCCACAGCAGCAUUGCCUCCGGUGAGAGAAUGGAUGGGGCAGGGGCAUAGCUGCACUUCACAAACCUUUUUUUUAUGGGGAGCAUAUCCUGUCGGUAUCUCUUGCUUCUUCUGAUUCUGCUCAAUAUGGUCUUUCUGCCCUACCAUAUCACAGUUCUUUGGGCAUAAGGAGCUGGCUGGCACUGAGCUGCCAAUGGCCCAUCCUGCACAGUGUUGUUUGCUGGAGAGCAGAGACUUCUCCCAGCACUGUUGCCUGAUACCAUUUAAUGGGAAUGUCUGGGACCUUCUACAUGGCAAGUGUGCACUGUGCCUCUCGUCAGUAUAGCAAGCUUACCAGCUCUACUGCCAUUUAGGCCCCUCCCACCCAGAAGGGGCCUUGCUAGCCAUCCCAGGGCUGCAUCUGCCACCACCUUGAGAGCAACCACAUUUUUUCUUUCACAGUUCUCCCAGCUUGUACAAAGUUCCCUUCUCCUUUUGUCUCAUAUUUCUAGAUUGUAAGCCUACAGGCAGGAACCUGUUUUUAUCAUUUUUUGUGUGUUUGUGUGCAGCACCUAGUGCAUAUUUGGCACUUUAUAAGUGAUCCAGUAGGGAGGGAAGCAAAGCAGGGCCACUCCAUCGGCUCUGCCCAGAGAUCAGCUACAUAAGGUGCCUCUCCCUGAACUGUUUCCACUCAAGCUGGCCAUUGUGGGAACAAAUGUUUUCAUUUUAAGAAGGAGUGCCUGAAUUUGCUUCUCUUUUCCCUUUGGGUACAUGUAUUUUAGACCGUAAGCCUACUGACAAGGAUUGUCUUGUUAGUUACUGCUCUUCUGUAAGCUGCUACAACUAAAUUCAAAGACGGUGAUGAGUUCUGACCUGGAUUCCAUUUCCCUCCCUCUCUCAAGGAAGUGACCUCCCAGCCAAUAAUGGGGUUUGACCCUCUGCCACCUCUGGACUCCAUUGUUUCGUACACAAGGCCAGAAAGGUACCACCUGUUGCUGCUUCCUGCACACCUCCAUCCAAUUCAGUAGCUUGGAUAUUUACUUAGGUCUGUGUCAGCCUGGGGUAGACAAAAAACCCCAGGAAGGACCAGAAGUGGUCCAGUUCUCUGAAUCUUUUAAACAUGCAUUGUGCUUACGAGUUUUUAUACAGGCAGUGGAAGCUGGUCCAUUAGGGCAAAUGGGGCACUGCUCCACCAAUCUCAGCCUUCCCUGAAGGCCCUGCUUCCCUCAGUAAUCUCCCCCAUUUACUUACAACCAGCCCAGCAGGUGUCACUGCCGGUCAGCUUCUUCCUCCUCAGCCUCAAUGCUGCCCUUGGAGAUAUCAGCAAGGAGAAGGAUGGGGACAAAACUAGAAAGCUAGAAUUAGUUGAUUCCACCUCUCACUUAACUCUGGCUCCUCUUGGUCUCCCUGCUUACCAGUCCCAAUGGACACCAGUCAGCUGCCUUAUUCCAGGCCAGCCUACCUGCCCAUCGCGCUCAUUAUUGUCUUCUCUGAGUAGCACAGGUAGAGAAUGUUCUUUCCCAUUGCCUCCUAUUGGAGAUAACAGGGAUGGAACCUGGGACCUUUUGCUUGCAGAGUACAUGCAUUGCUCAUAAGCUGUGGUCCAUCUCCUCCUCAGUGCAUCAAAGACCCACCCACCCUUCCCCAUGUCACUUUGUUCUUCCCAUGCAGUGGGCCAAAUAUUUAUUCUUUUUACAUUGCCUUUUGUAUCCCACCGUUCCUCCAAGCAGUUCAGAUGACAUAAAAUCUGCCCUUUGCCCCUGUGAUUGGUCGAAGUUUACCCAGUGAGUUUCAUAGUUGAGUGGGGAUUGGAACCAGAGUCUUAGCUUAGCGCAGCACUAAGAUCCAUUACAUCAGACUGUCUUUCAGGAUAGUAGUCCAAAAUUGCACGCUCCCUGGCUCAUGAAGUGCCAUGAUGUGCCCGCUCUCCUAGGAAAGAGGAAGAGGUCCAUUUGUGACCAGACUUUCUCUCUUUUUUUUCAGGGCAACCCAUCCAGCCAAUGAAAGCACUUUAUCUCUCUUCUUUCGCUCACUCUUGCCAAACUUCAACUUGCAGGUAUGUUGAGUGUGAAAUGACUGGCCAAGGUAAGGCAGAUAUGCAGGUGGCUGCGUGCUUCUGAGUACUAGGUGCUGGGAAUGGCAGGAGGGGAGAGUGCUCUUGCACUUGGGUCUUGCCUGCAGGUUUCCCAUAAUGGGCACCAAGUUGGCAACUGUGAGAACAGGAGGCUGGACUAGAUGGUCCCCCUUUUGCUUGAUUCAACUCCUAUCAGCCCCAUCAAGUAUGCUUCUACAAAUGCAGUCUGCCAGGUUCUCCCCCCGAGAAGACUGGAGUGUCCAGGCCUUCCUCCCUAAGUGUAUGGUAUUUAUAAGGAGCAGAAGCAGAAGUGGAGAAUUUUCAGCAAAGAGACCGAGAUGAGCUUCUUUCUAGCAUAUCUUCUGAGGACCCCAAAGACUGGGCUGGUUCUCCUUCAGUGCCCAGCACCUCAUCCAGUCAAGCUGCCUUGUAUAACUCCUUGCCCUGUGCUGUGUUUCAGGGAGAAGUCAGAGCCGGUGGAGAGGAAGAGCCGGGUGCAGGACAGAAUCUGAACCAGGGUGUGAACAGACUGAUGGCAGCCAUGCGGGACAUGCUGGCAAAUAUCCAGUUCCAGGAGCCACCACGGGACGACAACCCCGAGGGGGAUGGGGGAGAGUGGGACUAGUCCCUUGCACCCCAGAACUUCCUUUCCGCCCCUUCUGUAACUUCCCUUGCCACAAAAUAAACAAUCAUAAGCCAGAGGGGUAGAGUGUCUCUGUGCCUUAAACAUGCACACACCAGGAAAAAAGGGCAUGGUUAUCAUCUUGGCACAACUGAUAGGGCAGAAAUGGCCCUUUGCUCUGAAAGCUGCACACAGUUGCUUUCAUGAGAUCCAUGUUUCGCUAACAUGCAACUGUCCUACCUAAGGAGAGGAGCUGCAAGCAGUAGGCUGGGGAGGCACACAUGCCCCCAUCUCAAUUCCUUUCACUGAGAGAUUUAUUGUGUCAAUUGCCUUCCUUUUCUCAGUGGCUCCUGCCAGUGAAACCACAUAGGCUAGAGUACCAGCCUUCAGCUAUUGGAUCAAGACCCACUACCAGGUCAUGGCCUGAUCCAAGGUGGGAUAGUGCAACAGCAGCAGCAACACCACCAUAUAACUAUAUGGUGAGGGGGGGGGAUGUGUUACCAAAUGCCUGUUCUGGUUAAAGACAAAUCCUGGAUUUGGAAAGGUUGGAGGCCAUGGGGCUAGUGGAUGUGUUUUAAAGUCGCUUGGAGGUGUUCUGCUAAUCAGAAAGGAUCUUUAGUGCAAUUCAGAUAUGCUUUGUGGGAGGGAGGAUAUAGAAAUUCUGUGUCAGUGACUUGCUCUAUCAAAGUAAGCAAGAUAUAG